GGUAACUUUCAGUAAACAUUUAUAUUUAUGAUGAUGCUCAGCUGAAAUCAUAGUGAAAGAAUUUUACAAAUAAUUAAAUUUAUAACUAUUGCAGCGCAAUUUUAUUUAGGCUCAAAUGGAUGCAUCAAAAUUAUGUUCAAGCAAUAAUCAAGCACUUACGGAUCAACAUCAAUGCGAACAGUGCUCAAUGCGCUUUCGAAAUAGAUCGUUGCUCAUCCGUCAUGUGAGCCAACUACACAAACCGUUGAAAAAAUAUCAAUGUACUCAUUGCAGUUCAGCAUUUAAUUCCCUUAAAAAUAUCACUCUUCACCGUGCCAUCCACGGUCCGAAACCAUUCAAAUGUCCCAAAUGUGCAAUGAUUUUUCGUAGACAUACCAGCUUGAUUGGACAUAUCGAACGGCACUAUGUAGCAGAAGAUCAUAUAUGUGCUGUUUGUGAUCGUGAGUUUGCAUCACUUGACGAUUUAAAGUCCCACGUCUACGAUGGUCACGAAGAAAUUCUGAGUAGUAAUGAUCAGACAAAGACAGUCGAUGCGCGAGAAGCUUCCAAGGUUUUUAAAUGUUCCAUUUGCGAAAAUAAAGUUUUUUCCAAGAAGAGUUUAUUAGAGAGGCAUUUUUUAAUACACACAAAGCAGAAACCAUUCAUGUGUGAUACUUGCGGCAAAUCUUUCAAUCAAAAGAGCAGUCUAAAAACGCAUCUGUUGGUACAUAGUAAGAUCCAAGAAUUUGUUUGCUUGCUUUGCGGCUUAGGAUUUUCUCAGAAAGUUAAUCUUCGGGUGCAUACCCUUCGUGUUCAUCCAAAGAAAAAUUCUUCGCUCAACGAUCGUUUACCUUGUCCCUACUGUCCUUGUUUGUUCAAAAAACUUGGCAGCUUAAAUGCGCACAAAACCAAAAUACAUGCUGCCCUUCUCUCGGAGCCUAUCGCAAACGACGAUAGUUUGGUCAACGCUACCAACAGCGAAAUAAUCACAGAAUCAGGCCGAGAUUUAACGCUGCACGCACCUGGGGUUGUAUACAAAUGUGGCACAUGUGAGAUGGAUUUUCGUGAUAUGACACAGUUGCAAAAUCACAUUGAUUCACAUUCGGUCGAAAGCAAUGUUCGCGAAAUUGGACAUAACAAACAAAUACCGGAAAUAGUUCGACCGAUAAUCAAUAGUCGACGUGAUGAUCACCUCCAAGGAUCUAGCGAACAACGCCGGUAUGGUUGCAUAAUUUGUCCAGCGGCGUUCAAAAAGUCCAGCCACCUGAAGCAACAUAUGAAGUCACAUUACGGCAUCAAAGCGAACCGUUGCGAGAUAUGUGACAAAACGUUCACUACUAGCCACACACUGAAAGUGCAUCGCAACAGCCACAGUCAAAACUCACAGCUGCACUACAAGUGUAACGAAUGUACGGCACAAUUCAGUCUUCAGUCUAGUCUACGUCGGCAUACAAAACUUCAUGACAACCCGAAUCGCAGUUAUGGUUGUCCACAUUGCAAACGAACCUUUAAAUGGUUUCAAAAUUGCAAGACGCAUAUGAAAUUAGUUCACCCGGAAACGGUAGCAUCGACAAUGUCAGAAACAGUUGUUCCGAUCAAUCUCCAGGAUGGCGCACAAAGGAUAAGUGAAAUCCCGUCAAAUGAACAGAUUAAAUUCGUCGGUUUGACCGAUGAAACGCUAAUAGAUCUAAGCAAUUUACCGGCUAAUGUCAGUAUUGUUGAUAUUAGCAACCUCAAUAGUUGUAUAGUGAGAAUAGAUGAUCAGUUGUACGAAAUACCAGUGCAAAUGGAAUCGAAUGACACAACAGAAGUGAUACAAUUAACAGAUCAACAUUUUUUCACUCUUCACGGUGACCCUUCUGACACUGGAAUGCCGUACAGAUUGGAUUCAUCGUUAAAUGGUAACAUCAACCUAGAAACAACAGAAGAAACUCUCUACCAAUAUAUAAAUCCAACAUCCGAAGAUGGACCUGUCGAUGACGAAACGAUCGAAGGCGAGUUGGAAAAUUCCGCAAAGUGUAGCUCCUCGACGCUCCAAAGAAGAAGAAACACUCGACAGACCAAAGUGGUCAGUAAAACCGAGCAAGAUCUAUUUUCCGAAGUGCUUGAAGAUGGCAAGAAAAAAUACGGUUGCAAAAGUUGUCAGAAAAUGUUUAAGAAGCCAAUCGACCUUCGACGACAUAUUAGAACUCAUACAGGGGAGCGCCCUUUUCGUUGCUCUCAUUGUUCCAAACGGUUCACUUUGAAGGCCGUACUUCAAUCACACUUGAAAACACAUGAAACGAAACGCGAAACGAUACACUGUCCGGAAGUGGGAUGCGGACGGAAGUUCGCCUGCAAAACAAGCUUAGAAUUGCACCGACGCAUUCACACCGGCUACCGACCUUUCCGUUGUACGGUCUGUACGCUUACCUUCCGAACCUCUGGCCACAUGCAAGCACAUCUGAUUUCCCACUCGCGUCUAACAGCGAAACAAAAGCAAAACCUGCAUCAGUAUGAAUUAAAAAAAUGAAGCACUACGCCAAACGUUUCCGAAAUGGACUGUGAUAUAUUGUAAGUAGACUAACGUUUUACAUCGGAAAAUAUAUUUGAAAUAAAUGUAAAACUAGGUAGAUUCUAAUCAAGAAUUU